UAGAGAGAAGCAAAUGGCUUACGCUGCUAUAACUUCGCUUAUGGAAACACUAUCUCUACAUUUCUUGCAAUCACAACCACGCUUCCCUCUUGAAGAUUUAGAGGAACAAAUCAGAGAUGGCAAUGAAAAUCUUGGCUUGCUGCAGCAAAUUCUUGAGAUUGGCAAUGAUGAUGGGGGGACGAUGAAAGAUGGAGAGGAUGCAGAAGCUGAGAUGAGAGAGAUGGGGUUGGACGAAGCGUCUUCUUCUAUAAAGGCUUGCCUCCCCAGGCUUCAUGGAAUCUUUAAUAAACAGACUGAAUAUUACCCCAAGAAGAAGAAGUUGAUUAAAAGUGAAAAGCUACAGCAGCUUGCAGAUUUAGAUGCCAAUGAAAAGAUAGUUUAUGGAAAGCAGCAGCUUGCUUGGGAUACUAUACUUUUGACUUCUCGCCUCAGGGAGAUGGCUGAAGUCAAACAAAAGAUAGUUUCUCUCCAUCAAAAUCUGGGCUUGCUUCAAGAAAGUCUUGAGAAAUCGGAGAUCGCCUAUGAUGAUGCGAGGGUGAGGGUGAUGAAAGAUUUAGAGGCGCAAAUCAGAGAUGCAUCGUUCAAAUUGGAAGAAAUGAUUGAGAUGGAGUUGAGUGCCAUUUAUCUAGCAAAGGACAGUCGUCUUCAUGUAACAGCUUGCCUGCUCAGGCUUCAUCAAAUCUUCAAUGAAGCACAAAAACAGACUGAUUACCACAGGAAUGAGUUGAUUAGGAUUCAAACUGAAUACCAGCAGCUUGCAAAGGUUUCACUCCUUGGUCGGAUCCGACGAAGAGGACUACUGCUUGUGAAAGGAUCAUCACUGCCUCAUCUAGUACACAACAACAUUAUUGUGACUAAAUGUUUCAAAAACUCAUCAAAGUUCGACAGUACAAUGGUCGGAUGCCACGAGGUGUUCAAUAAGAUAUUGGAUCAGCUCAUGCAACAAUCAACUAAGAGGAGAAAUGAUGUGUCGAUUGUUGGCAUGGGAGGAAUAGGCAAGACCACUUUAGCACAAAAAGUUUAUGAAGAUCUGUCAAUUACUUCUUAUUUUGACAUACGAGCAUGGGUUACUGUAUCCCAAGAGUAUAACGUGGAACAAAUGCUACGGUGCCUUAUUGGUUGUGUUAUUGCAGCAUCAAGAGAUGAUGAACUCCAUAAACAGAGCAUUGGCCAAGACCAAUUAGCUGAACGUCUGCGUAAACACUUGAAGGAACAAAGAUAUUUGAUAGUGAUAGAUGAUAUAUGGAGCACUACUGCUUGGGAUAGUGUGCAAAGAUGUUUUCCAGAUGAUAACAAUGGAAGCUGUAUACUAUUGACUUCUCGGCUUAGAGAGGUGGCUAAAUAUGUUAACUUAGGUAACUCUAUCAUUAACAUGCCUUUCUUAGAUGCCGAUGAAAGUUGGAGCCUCUACUGUAAAGUGAUUGGUAAAACUGAAUUCCUUUUAGUGUUUGAGCAAAUUGGUAGAGACAUAGUGAAUAAAUGUGAAGGAUUACCUCUAGCUAUUACUGUAGUAGCUAGUCUUCUCUCCAAGACAAAGGAGGACGUGGAAAAGUGGAAGAAUGUUGCAAAAAGUGUAAUUGGUGAUUCUAAUGAUGCUUGUUCUAGAAUACUAUAUCUCAAUUACAAUCAAUUACCACACCACUUAAAAGCUUGUUUUCUAUAUUUUGGAGUUUUUCGGGAAGACUAUGAGAUCCCUGUGAAGAAGUUGGUUAGGUUGUGGACGGCAGAAGGAUUUUUGAGGGCACUGAAGCACGUGAAUAUGGAGGAAGUGGCCAUAGAAUGCUUGCAAGAUCUUGUUGAUAGAAGUCUUGUUAUAGUUAGCAAACAGAGGUAUAAUGGGGAAAUGAAGAGAAUAAGGAUACAUGAUAUGUUGCGAGAGUUGUGCUUGAGAGAAGCCGGACAUGGAAAUCUCUUGAAUGCCAUUAUUGCAGAUAAAGAAUUUCCAUUUGAUAAGAGGACCAUAUCACCGCACCAGUUUUCAAAACCUUGUCGUUGGGUAAGUACUAGACCGGUAUUUCUCAACAAUCAAAUCAAGUUUAAGCAGUUUAAGAAAUCACAUUCCUUACACUUGGGCAGUUGUCGCUCAGGUACUGAAGUUGAACUAUUUUCACACAUGAAACUACUAAGAGUAGUAGACAUAGAAGGUGAAAUUUUCAAUGGAAAUAUGGCACUAAAUGUGCUUGGAAAUCUUGUUCAUUUGAGAUACUUAGCUUUGUCCACAUAUAAGACUUUUGAGGUAAAGCUUUUUGAGCAUUGGAAUAUGCAAAGUUUUGAUGUUCGUGGGGAUGGUGCUACAUUGGAUUCGUCUGAGUCAUUUAGAAUUUGGAAAAUGCCACUAUUAAGGGAUUUUUGUAUUGGACAAACUUUUUCAUUAGAAACUCCUCUGGUUAUUUACAAAAACUUAGAGAAUAUAUCCUGGUUGGAUUAUAAGUUAUGUAAAAAGGAUUUGUUUACAAUGAUUCCGAAUUUAAAAAAAUUGGGAGUGGAUGGUGGAUACUAUGAAAUUAAUGUGGAUUGUUUUUAUAAUUUUGAGAACUUGAAGCAGCUUGAGAAACUAAGCAUCAGAAGGUGUCAAAAACUUAUUCAGGGUAGCAUCCCAUUGACAACUAAUUUUCUACCAAAUAUUAAGAAGCUCAACCUCUUGGAGUCUAAUCUAUGGUGGAGUAGCUUGAGCCUUAUUAGUAUGUUGCCUAAUCUGGAGGUUCUAAAAUUGAUAAAUGCUUGCGUGGGCAUAAAGUGGGAGCCAUCUGAUGGAGGAUUCCAUCGAUUGAAGAGGUUGGUAAUUAAAAUCACAAGUCUCCAAUAUUGGAAUGCUGUGGGUGACCAUUUCCCUGUGCUCGAAUGUUUAGAGUUAAGUAAUUGCUAUUGGUUGGAAGAAAUCCCUCGUGGUUUUGCGGAUAUCACCACACUAGCAAUGAUUCAGUUAAGCAAAUGUAGGGAUUCCCUUGUGGCUUCUGCAAAGUGGAUUCAAGAAGAGCAAAACAACUAUGGAAAUGAUGCCCUCCUUAUUCGUUCAGAAAAUAUUAUGAGAAUUUGAAUGUGCAUAGCUAGCGGUGAGCUGAAAUGGUCUCUGCUGGGGGCUUCUCAGAAAUCUGAUGGAUGCUGCAUUGCUGCCAUGGGAAAUGAAUGAAUUUAUUCAUUUAAAGUCUCAAAUGUUUUGAUUGUUUCUUAAGUCACGUGAAGUUUGCUUGUUUGUACAAAUCAAUUUGUAUGUUACGGAGUAUUAAUUAUGGCUGCUUAUUUCUCC